UUCUGAAACUGCAUCGCUAUUACACAACGUUUAUUUCGAUCCACAUGUGUUGUUGGGGAAAGCCAGUCUUGGAAUAGUGACAGGUAUCUCGAUGACAUGCAGAAGGAAUGUUACCAAAAAAAAAGUGGGGAAUAGGGGCGGGUGGACGGGAGUAAGGAAGCCAGAAUAUUGGAAGGUUGUUAAUUUAACAUGACCGUUAUUUAAAGGAUGUUAAUUUGACAUCAUUACAUCACCACCACCAUCAUCAUCAUCAUCAUCAUAUAUCUUCAUUAAAGUGGUCGCUCGACCUGCUAGAAAUAGCGGUCAGAGCAUACCCUACAGCUUUAUAAAAAACAAAAACGAAGGUAACAUUGGAUAAUGUAGUCUAAGAGACACUAUUUCUGAAUCAUAUAUGGGGGUGCUCACGGCUGGAAUAUCUUCAAACUUAAGUUUGUUCGAUCAAGACUGACCUAGGGCUAUAAGACAACAACAACAAUCAUUAUCAUCAUCAUCGUCGUCGUCGUAGUGCUCUUAUAACAGGAUAGGAAGAGGAGAUACUAUGGAGACUGACGGACAAAACAGGGCACACGGAGCAGAAAAGUGAGAAGAGGAGAUGGAAGGGUAGAAGUAGAAUAAGGGAGCCGAGCAGGCGAAGGGGGAGGAGUAUAAUUAGUGAGAGAGAGAGAGAAAGAAAGAGGGGGAGAGAGAGUCUGUAAGAUAGUUAUAGCUACAGAGAGUGGUGUGUGUGUAAGCAGCCAGAGAAAGCUCAAGUUGGAGGAAAAAUAAUUUGCUGGAGAGAGAAAAAAAAAAAACACGGAUAAGGAAAUCAAUAGAUAAAAAAUAUAUAAAAACAUCUUCGUCCAUCGCCUUUUUUUUUCGGUGUCUGAGGAAUCAUCUGUAACGUUUGUUUAUUGUGUGUAGAAAUGGCAGAUGUGGCAGCAGAACAGGCCAGCAGUGGCCACCAGCCAGAGAAAAGGAAGCGUGGACGACCUCGAAAACUUAAGCCAGAUCAGUCUGAAGAACCAAAACCGAAGAGAGCACGGGGUCGACCAAAAGGAAGUAAAAACAAAAAACCUUCUAAGAAAGAUCUCAUGAAGAAACAGCACAGCAAAACGGCUGAUCGUCGUAACAAAUCUUCCAACCCAGAUGACAUAGAAUCUGACGGAGCUGGAGACGGCAGCAAAGAUGACAUGGACGACGAGGGGACUGACUAAUUGACCAGUUCUCUGCCAUACUUCCAUCCACGAUGGCACUGUGUCUGACAAUGGCAGCAGUAAACGACAGGAAUAUAUAAUACAAAACGUGUGCGUGCGUGUGUGCGUUGCAGAAAGAAUAAUGGUCAUGAGAAAAGAAAUAUAGUAUUGAAAAAUAGAGUUGAGGAGCAAGGGAGACAACUAGUAAAAUUAAAUAGUGUGUAUUUAUCAUUAUUUUGCGCGGAUUUGGGGUAAAAAUUUGUUUACUUUAGAUAAUGGGAUUCUUUUUCAGUUGCUUAUAAAUAUAGCAUAAUUUAUUCCAGCUGUAACUAUUUUGUCUUUUCCAUAGACACCGUACACCUAGGACAACAUUAUCCAAAGCCUCUUUCUUUUCGUAGAUGCUAGGAUAGGAAUUAUAAGAAAUGUGUUGCUAGUGUUUAAUGUAUUGUUACUCUAUGUGUGCAUAAUCUAUUCUUACUAUAUGAUGUGUAUAUGUAAAAUAUCGUUACUAUAUGUAUAUGUAAUGUAUUAAUGUGUGUGUGUAAUUAUUCCUGUGCGUUUUCCAAAGUCAAAUGUUGCAAAAUAUAUAUUUAAACUUAUAUCAAAACAGUGCAUUUCCUCAAAAUUCUUAUUAUCCUUGUGAUGUUGUAUUAGCUAACACUUAUCGUACUAACUGCUGGACUCCAUAAUCCAUAAAUUGUGUUGCCCAAAAUUCAUGCUUUCACAAAUCAUAAAUCUUAUCAUUCAUCACUCAUGACUGAUUACAUUUUAGUUGAUAUGAAUCGGUUUUCUUAUGUAACUCCUUUAGACGUGUUACCAAGUGACUAGGUUCAAACUGAAGAGCAGAAGAUUUGUUGUUUUAUGUAGUGGUUGUAGUAGUAGUAGUAGUAGUGUUUUUGAAGGAAUACAUUUUGCAGUUGUUGUAGUGUACUGCCAUUGCUUUAAUUCCCAUGUUUGUAGGCAGUUUCAGGUUUCUCCUGAUGAAAGCUCAACUAUAUUACAAACUGGUGCCAAUACAUAUUUAGCCUAACAGACAAUUUUUAGUUCAAAUUAUGUACUGAAAAGCUUAUUAAUUUUUAUUAGUGUGUUGAGUUUUAUAGUUGUUGCUAUUCGCUUGGAGCUGCUUUAACCCUGCUGUGUGACAACCUUUCUUCAGUUAUCUCAAGAAUCAAUCAAAUCCAAAUGUGUUCUGAAAACCAUGGUUAUAAUGACCUAUAUUAUUUUCAGUAACAGUCAGACAAAAUACAUUUCAUAACUGGAACAAAUUUUAAGGCAAUAAUCUGGCAGACUUGAUACUGUAUCAGACAAAACGCUUAACAACAUUUCUUCUGGACAUUACAUUCUUUCAAACUCUGCUGGGGCUGGCUCUGCUUUACAUUUUUUCAGGGUUGAUAAAAUAAGUAGCAGUUGAGCACUGGGGUCGACUAGCUUCCUCCAACAAAAUUUCAGGUCCUGUGCAUGUAAUAGAAAGACUAAUUAGAGGAAAUUUUUUAAUGCAAAUUCCAUUAUUAGAAAAAUGUUUCCUUGCUCCCACUUUCUCACUCUUAGAGUAUAUUUUAGCUAUUGAACCUGAUUUCCUAAAUAAAAAAGAAAAAAGAAAUUAACAUCUCUUCCUUUAGAUUCCAUUUUAAAAUGAUGUUACAACUUUGAUCAUUUCUCAGGAAAACUGAGCUCCAUUCUUUUCAACAUAAUAAAACAACAAUGAAAUUAUUGUAUGUGGUGCUCAGAUGCAUAUUAGAAACUCAUUAGAAAAUGUAGUCGAGAAUGCAUGAACAAUACAUAGAAUAAUGCUCAGAAAGUGAUCAUAUUAAAAGUAAAAUAAAAUAUAAAACAGUAGUCAUAUUUUUAAUUUCUUAAAUAACUGAAUAAGCGAUAAGGGUAGUUUUAUUUAUACAUAAAUAUAUACAUAAGUGCGAGAAGAAGAAGAAGAAAACAAAAACAAUUCACCCCCUUAGGUUGAAAAUUUUGGGGUGCUGGGAAAUCUCUCUCUAACGAUUUUUGAGGCAUGCCAGCAUGCUAUAAGUUCUUUCCCCUUAAUAUUCACAUAAACAUUUUUUUAUUUUAAAAUAUUUAACUCCACAGAAAUUUACAAGAUUUAUUUUCAAUUUAGUCAAAGUUUUGGGUGUUUUCUAAAGAAACAAUAUUAUAUUUCCUCUUUCUCUAUGUCAUUGUGAUUUCUUCCUGCCAAAUUAGAUGUAUAUGUGUGAUCAAAGAUGUGUAAAUGUAGCUAAAAAAACUUCCUUUGCACCAGAAGUUUCAUUAACAUCAUUAACUGUUUUCAUGGAACAUCAGACAUUUUUAUUCAUUACAAAUUGUAUUCUUUAUGGCAUUUUUGUUGUGGAUUUUCAUGUUUUUUUUUGUUUGUUUGUUUGUUUAUUAGAAAAGAUGUAGUAGAAAUAAUAGUAGUUUGGACCAUUGCAAACAGAAAUUGAAAUAAUUUAAAAGAAAUGUACCAAACUAUUGAAAACAAAAUUGUAAUGGAUUCUUUGGUGCUGACACAGAAAUCCCUUGUAGAUGAACAAAUUUGCUGGUAACAUGUGCCAACGAUUACUGAAACUAUUGGUUUUGGUUCAGCUUUCUUUUGAGAGUGUAAUUGUGUUUUAAUCUAGUUGAAUUAUCUGAGAAAUAUUAACCCUUUUGUGACCAUAUUUAUUAAGUAAUACACUGCCUGUAUGUUUCAAUUAUUUUGAAAAUAAUGAAACAUUUAGAGAGAUAUAGUAAGAUAUCUGACUUCAUUGUUAAGCUGGUGGUUGGAACAUCAUAAGAUGUUCGUAUAUAAAAUUAUGAUGAAAGGUUUCGUUUGAAUAUAAGCAUAUCAAAACGAGAUUUUGUAUCAUGAAACCAAGUGUGGUCUCAGGCAGGUUGGAAUCAAGAGGGCUCCCUGCCAAUUUCAGACUUGUUAAAGAGAGAAAAAAAUACUAGAUUUAAUGACAUUUCUGCAAAUAUAUUUUGAAAUAAUUUGAAUGUUUUUAUGCCUGAAUUGUAACAGAAUCUACUAAGGUGGCCUGUUUGCAUAUUUCACUGGUAUUGUGUAUUUCUAGGUUGUGACUUUUAAACUUUCAGCUCAGUGUUUCAUUAUUGUUUUGUAUUUCUUUUUCUUUUUUCAUUUUAUUGGAAACAUUUUCCAGGUUCUGUAUGUAUAGAACUUGUAACUUAGCAAGGUUUCUUUUUAUAUCUUAUGAUGUAUUUAUGAUUUGAGUGUGUGUAUGGGGAAAAAUAUGGGGUUGGGGUGGUUAUGGAAUUUUCAUCAAAUUACAUUACAUAAAAGCCAAAGUGAACAAUAAAUCAUCUUAUAAUUUGGAAAAGAUUAUUUUUCUUCCAUCAUCUCAGUAAGGAAACUAAAGUUUCUCUCAACUAUAUAUUGUAACCUGAAUAUUUUUGUAAAAGUUUUUGUCAUAACUUCUAUUUUUGGAGUGUUAAAACAAAGUAUUUCUAUAUCAUUUCUUAGAAUUUCAAAUAAUUUCUUUAAAUUUAUAUGUAACUAAUUCCUCUGAAAUUCCUGUUGCAAAUAUUAGAAUAGAAAUGCAUUAAUGUGUGUAUGUAUGUAUGUUUGUGUGUGUGUCUCUGUGUGUAUAUAAUAUAUAUAUAUAUAUGUGUGCGUGUGUGUGUGUGUGUGUUUGUUGUGUAAUGAUACUUGUCUUUGUGUGACAUUGUUUCUCACCUGACAUGUGAUUCUGUCUGAAUGUCAGUCAGUUUAUAGACAUAACUUUUCGUUUUUUUUGAUAAUGCUAUGGAUAAUCAUGAUCUAAAGAAAGAAAAAAAAAGGAUUAAAAAGAACUAUAAAGAAUGUUGAGGUUCUGAUAAAUAUUUCCUCAAUAUUAUUUUUCUUCCAUCUUUUAACCUUCCUCAUAUCUUGAGUUUGUAUCAAACGGAGUAGAACUUUUCACAUCAACUUAUAUAUUUAUUUCUUUAUUGCCCAAAGGCAUAGAGGGGGCAAACAAGGACAGACAAAGGGAUUAAGUUGAUUACAUCGACCCCAGUGCAUAACUGGUAUUUAUUUAAUCGACCCUGAAAGGAUGAAAGGCAAAGUCGACCUCAGUGGAAUUUGAACUCAGAAUGUAAUGGCAGAUGAAAUACCGCUAAGCAUUUUGCCUGGCAUGGUAACAUUUCUGCCAGAUUGUUACCUUAUUAUUUCGGUUCUCUGGCAAGAUCCUGAUAUUUCUCAAUUUUAUUCAUCUUCUUUGAUAUUGACUCUGUUAUCACUGGGAAUUGCAAAAUCUAUGAUCUUAUACUGUUUGUUUAUUUUGUCUUCUAUAAUCAUAUCUAGUCUUCUUGCUUCAGUAGUAAGGUUAGUCUUUGUGGGGAAGUCCUUCAAGAUCCUGGAAUUCACUUUUUAUACCACAUUAUUAUUAUUAUUAUUAUUAUUAAGGUGGUGAGCUGAUAGAAUCAUUAGCACACUAGUCAAAAUACUUAGCAGUAUUUCGCCCGUUGCUACAUUCUGAGUUCAAAUUCCGCCAAGGUUAGCUUUGCCUUUCAUCCUCUUGGGAUUGUUAGAUUAAGUACCACUGAAACACUGGGGUCGAUGUAAUCGACUAGUCUCCUCCCAAAGUCAGCUUUGUCUUUUCAUCCUUUCGUAGUUGAUAAAAUAUAUCAUUCACUUACUGGAAUCAAUGUAAUCAACCGACAUUCUCCUCUUCAAAACUGCUGGUUUUGUGCUUAAAUUAGAAAUCAUUAUUAUUCUGUUAUAGCCUUAUUUUCUUAGUAACACUUCAAAUAUUCAGAAUCCUGGCUUUAUGAAAAACACUUGACACAUAACCGUCUUAUUCAGAGAAACAAUGUUCUUUUUAAUUAUUGCUGUUGUAAAUUGCUGUUUGUCAUGUUUACCUGUGAUUCUUGAUAUAUUAUCUGGUUACCUGCAUAAGAUUAAAGAGGGGAAAAUAUUGCACAACAACAACAACAGGGUUUAGUUUAACAGAAAUAAAAUAAAUUUGUAAAACUAGAUUUUUACUUAUCUAGAAAGUUUUGAUGGUAUUUACUCAUGUUGUAAGAUUUUGAUAAUAAAACUACAUUUAUUUAA